UCCAAAGCAAACGAGAAGGGGCAGGCAUGUUGGGGAUAAGCAAGAAACCGGGUCCACCGGUACCACCGCGACCUAGUGCGGCUGCCGUCGCAACGGCCCUUGCAAAACAGCGUGAGAACUCACCCUCCCCUAAUGGAGGGACACGGGGAUGCAAUGGGAAUGGGAUGGUCGGUAUGGCAACCCUUAAGCCACCCCAUCCGGGACGUACCGUAGUGUACAAGUCGCCAGAUUUCGAUCAACCGCAGACAAGAAAUCGUUCCAACCUGUCCACCUUCGGCGGGUCCGUCCCAGAGCAGCUGCAAGGAUCUCCGAAUCCAAGCACGAAACGUAACGCCAUUUAUCACGACAGUCCCGGUCAGAGCCCGAUAGCGAUGGAGAGAAAACUGCUGAACCCAUCUACCGGUGGUGGUGUGAUGUAUCGUUCCACCUGUAGCAUAGUGGAGAUCAACACUAGUCCGAGUACUUCGGGAUCCAGCUCGGUGUCCACGUCGCCGGUAGCUACUCUCCAGAAACAGUCGGCAGAUCAAAAGUCGUCCAAAUUGCCGAAAGACUCUCUAGGUGCGGUGGCCCCAGUAGCUCGAAGGCGUGUGCGUAACGGUGACUCACACUCGAGCGAAGGAUCGCCCGAAUCGUCCGAGGUGAUCAUCAUCAACGGUGGUACGCACGGGAGCAGCAUUAGCUUGCUGAGCGGUGCCCUAUCCUUGGAAAGUACCACCGAGAAUGGGCGUGGGAAGUCACUGAGCGAGUGUGACAGCGGUACGGAGCGUGGCGAUAGUUCCGGAUCGUGUGCAUCCGCCGGAAGCACACUGGAGCGGGAGAACAAUGCGAAGAAUCUCGAAAGCAGUGCUAAGAGUAGUCACUUUACGGAAAUUAUUAUCGGCUCGAAUCAGAGCAGUACUGUGGUAAGGAGUGGCAGUAAGCCGAACAUUGCUACGACCGCAAACAGUGUGAUACGAUCGAACUCGAUCCGAGUGCCAAUCAAGGCGGCCGGUGCAGGAGCAACUCCACCACUGUAUCAUCGUCCCGAACCGGAAGGUGGUGAGCAUGUGCAACCGUCGAGUGAUAAUCGGACGGCGGGGACGGGCGUUGGAACCGGAGCAAGCGUUACGAAAUCUCAAUCAACCACAACCCUCGAUCCGGCCACACUCGAUUCGAAGCUAAGCGAGAAGAAGAUCGCCUUUCACGAGCUACUAAUAUCGGAGCUAACUGCCAUGCGUCAGAAGCAGCAGAAGGAUAAUCAAGAGCAUCCAGAUCGCCAGGAAGGGGCGCAUGUGGCGCAGGCAAAGGGCCUUGAAAAUGACGCACCAACAAUGGCGGUCGACCUGACAAAGAUUAACCGCCGGCAGCGGAUUCCUUCCGAACGGCGCUCAUCCGGCAGCGAGACGGAAACGACCCCGAACGGAACCGCCACAAGACUGCCGAAGAUACGUACGGCCGACUGGAUCGAGGUGGGCGAUAAUGGGAAGCAGGUGGUGCUGUCCAGCUGUCAAAUCAGCCUGGAAGAUUCGGGCAUGGAGGACGAGGAGAAGCUGGACGAUGCGUCGUCUGGGGUAGGCGAUUCGUGGGACAGCGUAAAGGAAGAUGCAGAGGAACGCAUCAUUAUGUCACUCCCCGGACUACCCCCGCUGCCUAAAAGCCUCAGUGGCUUCGAUCUCGCCGGCAUCCAGUUCCAGUCGCACCAUCAGCAUCAGCACCAUCAUCAACAUCCAUCCCAACAGCACAAUCCACACUAUCCUCCAACGCAUCAUGCGCAGCAACAGUCGACGACGAUACAGUCCGCACAUCAUCAUCAUCAUCAUCAUCAUCAAAUGCAACCGCAGUCCUUCCACGGGACGCCACCGCACCCGUCCAGUCUGCCACCGUCCUCCCAGUCACCUGCCGCCGGUGUUUUGAACCACCAUCAUACGAAUCCUUUCAUUCCGAUCGGACCGGGUUUGAUGCAUGGGGAUAGCUUGGCAUCGCUCGAAAGUCAACAGCGAGGACAUUCGCCCGUUAGCAGUACCCUUUCGGGUGGAAGCAGUGGAGGAAGGAAGGCAUCACCGCAGCCUCCGGGAUCGGGACCGGCGUCAACUUCGACGCUGGACACUCAGCUGGCUAUUUUGCGACGAGAAAUGUAUGGUCUUCGGCAACUCGAUCUGUCCUUGCUGUCGCAACUGUGGGCCCUGAACGAAUCCAUCCAAGAGUUCCGGACGAUGUUGCAGGAGCAGGAAACACUUUCACCACCCUCACCGUCACCGUCCAACUCGGACGCCAAUUCCGUGUCCUCAGACGAUGAUCUCGACGAGGAUGAUUCGUCCACCACCAACAACAGUAAUCGGCUUCUUCAGCAACAACAGCAACAUCUACUACUUUCCGCCCAUCAUCAGCUACAAUCGUCCACGAACAGUAUUGUCGGUGCGGGAACCGGUGGCAGCGGCGGCAACCUAACGCCCGGCAGUGGACCAAAUCCGAACGAAUCGGGUGGAUCCUCCACCACGACACUGUCUUCGUCCGCUUCGUCCCGUAUGCGUGCUCCGCCACCACCACCACCGAACCGGAAAGCACCCUCGCGGCCCGUCUAGUU